AUGGAUUGUCCUGAGAGGAGAUUGCAUGUAGCUUUCCUCCUUUUUCUGCAUCUUCUGCUUGUCAGCUGUGUCUCCAAUCAAAAAAGUACAGUCUCCUGGUGUGUGCUGUCUGACGCCGAGGAGCAGAAGUGCUUGGAUUUGGCCGGGAAUGCUACAGCCCGCAACGUAAGAGGAACGUUGCAAUGCGUCCGUGGCCUGAACACCAGGGACUGUAUGGAUAAAAUCAAGAAUGGGACAGCAGAUGCAGCCUCUAUGUUUGGAGACGACAUCUAUGCUGCUGGUUUCUGCCAUGGGCUGGAACUUGCUGCAGGAGAGUCCCACAACGGUGUCGAUGGCAUCAGCUACUACGUGGUGGCGAUGGCUCGUCGAUCCUCGUCAGAUCUUUCGCUGCUGGAGAUGCACGAACGCAGCUCCUGUCACCCGGGAAUACGCACCACAGUGGGGUGGACUGUCCCCAUAGGCUACUUGGUAAACACGUCCCAAAUCAGCGUAGGAGAGCAGUGCAACUUCCCCAGAGUGGUGGGGAACUUCUUCGGGUACAGCUGUGUGCCAGGUGUGAAGGACCCCCAGCACGAUCCCAGAGGCAACAACCCCAAGAACCUGUGCGAAGCCUGCAUAGGAGACGAGAAUGACAGACACAUCUGUGCCAACAACCACAGAGAGAGGCACUACGGAGAGGCCGGAGCACUGAGGUGCGUGGCUGAGAACCUCGGCGACGUGGCUUUCGUCAAACACACGACAGUCUUUGACAAUCUGGAUGGUAAGAAUCAGGAGUCCUGGGCCCUGGAUCUGGAGCUGGAGGACCUCAAGCUGCUGUGUCCAGAUGGAACUGAGGCGGGUCUGGACGAGUAUGUGCGGUGCCAUCUGGCAGCAGUCCCUGCAAACGCUGUGGUGGUGCGCAUGGAGGAUAAGUGCCGCGUCUGGAAAUACCUGGAACGUUUACAGAAUGUGUUUGGCAACGCCACCGAGGGCUUCAGCCUGUUCAGCUCAGCAGGCUACGGCCAAUCCGAUCUGCUCUUCAGCGAUGCCACCCACCACCUGCAGAGAGUUCUGGGUAGCUACACCUCUUGGCUGGGCCCCACUUACACCACCAUCCUGCAGGCCUUCGAGUGUGAGGACUCGGGUGACGGCGCGGACGGGAGACGAUUUGACCGGAGGUUGGGAGGCGAGAGCGACGGAGAAGAGGAGGGAUGA